UGUCCCUGGAAGCAGAGGCGGAGGCCAGAGUCCGGUGCCCAAGGGAGACAGAGCGGGCGCUUUCGCACGUCCUGCCGCGCUCCCUCCAAGUUCCGAGCCCUGCACCUGGCGGCGGCAGAGGCGCGCCAGGCUCCCAAGGAACCAAACACCUGGGGAAAAUCAUCUCGGAGCCUGCUGCCUUCCCGCCCCUCCCGCUGGGGAUGUUUAUCUUGGCCUGCUCUCCUGGCUCUUUCUCUUUCACUUUUCCUUUCGCUGGGGGUUGGGACUCCCCGGGUGGAGGGCGGCAGGGGAGAUCCCAGCUGACUCGCUCACUGCCCUCGGACGCCCCUCGCCCGGGAAGGGGGGCAGGUGGCCGCCCUCCGGGUUGCACGAGCUGCCGCCCGUCCACAUUGUACCCGGCACUCGACAGAGCCACCAGCCGACCGCCCCACCCUCUUGACCGCGACUAAAGUUUUCCCGGCGCUACGUGCAGAAGUUUUGUUCCCGUCUGCCCCUUCAUUCGUCUCCCGGGUUCUCUUUGCCACCCUCCGGCGUCCAGAGGAGCGCAGAUCGCCGCGUCCCGUUGGCCGUCGCGCGCGGUUCCCAGCGCACUGCGCUCACUCCGCGUUCCUGGCUGCGGGCGCCGCUGCGCCCGGCGCUGCACGGACUUCGAGGCCGCCUGGCCCAGGGUGAGGGGUGCGCGUCUGGCUGCGCCCGCUAAGCUGUUGACUUCUGAGAAGAGAGGUCUGGCAGAAAAGUCAAGAAAGGAGGCGUUCUGGAUGGAUGGCUGCUGGAAACCCAUCGUCAUAGCCAGCUCUUCUUCAGUUCUUAAGGAUUUACCCUGGCAUUGAGUAAUGAGAAUUUCGAAACCGUAUCUGAGAAGUACUUCCAUCCAGUGCUACCUGUGUUUACUCCUAAACAGUCAUUUUUUAGCUGAGGCUGGCAUUCAUGUCUUCAUUUUUGGCUGUAUCAGUGCAGGUCUUCCUAAAACAGAAGCCAACUGGCAUGAUGUCAUUAAUGAUCUGAAAAUAAUUGAAGAUCUUAUAAAAUCCAUCCAUAUUGAUUCUACUUUAUAUACCGAGAGUGAUGCUCAUCCCAAUUGCAAAGUCACAGCGAUGAAGUGCUUUCUCCUGGAGCUACGAGUUCUUUUACACGAGUCCAGAAACAUGGACAUUAAUGAAACAGUACAAAACCUUAUCAUCGUAGCAAAUAGCAGUUUAUCUUCUAAAGGGCAGAAUGUAAAGGAAUCUGGUUGCAAAGAAUGUGAGGAACUGGAGGAAAAAAAUAUUACUGAAUUUUUGCAGAGUUUUGUACAUAUUGUACAAAUGUUCAUCAAUUCUCCUUGACUGCAGUGGAUCCUGUGCAGUGUUUCUAUUAUUAACAAACUCUUUCCUGCUGCUUGGAGGCAACAAGACACUGCAUUUCAAAUGUGCUGCCAGAACACGUUUUUCUUGCAAGCAGAUGAGCAGGGGUUGGAUCAAAUGAAAUCCUAGAAAUAAAGGUACAAAAACGUUUUUGAAUAACAUAACUACAGACUUUGUACAGACAUAUUUUGCUAACUUGUUUUUAAUUUAUUAAUGAGAUUGUACAUAUGUGUAGCAUGAUGAAAAAUGUUGAAUAAAAUUGUGUAUGUAUUUUAUCAUUUGCAAUUGCAUUGGUAUUUUGCCUCUUAUGGAAAAAUAGGGAGCAGUCAAUGAAGGGUGAGAGUCAAAUCAUGUAACAGUUGGUAGCACUGGGUACCAGUACCACAGGUCCACACCCAUGCUAGGAUGCUCCUGCCAGAGGGGAACCACUGACAAAUAUUCCUCUCUGACUUCUCCACUGGAUGUAGUAAUGAGGAAAAAUUGGCUAUCAACAAGGAAAACAGGAAACAUGCGUGAACCCUGGGCUUUACUCUGUAACGUAAUUAUUGAUACAUAAAGCUCCUGUCAUGAAAGAGAGAAAUUGCAAUACGGGGCAUGCAAUGGACAAUACUGAAUCACAGGUGGUGGUGGUGGUAACUUUCUGUGAUAGGAAGAAUGAUGUACAGAAAACUAAUGGUCACACCAAUAUUUUAUUUCAUGCUUUCCCAAGUACAGGUAUUUUAUUUUCAUAUUUUUGCCAUGUUUUUAGGAUAAACCUGGUGAUUUGUUGAGUCAAUGUUAUCUAACAGAAAGUAAUUGCAAGUUCUUUUCUGUGUAUAAUUUUUCAUAAUCAUUUAUAAGCCUUCUAUACAGUACUGCCUAAAAUUAGCAAGAUCUCUAGCUUUUCUGUUGGUAGAGAUUUGGGAAAAUGAAAAAUUUCUAAUUCUAAGUUUUCCAUUUUGAGUCUUAAACAAAGCUUAGUCUAACUCCUGAGUUUAUUAAUUUGAGGGAAGAAAAGGUAUAAUGCCAUUUACAUUACCAAUAAUAUUUUACAGUGAGCAAUAGCCAUUUUGUUUAGAUUAGCAUACAAUGAGUUUAAAAUUCCAAGCUCAGAAGUAGAAUUAUUCUCACAUAGUUAUUUAAUAUGGCUCACAUAAUCUGAUCUUAGGAAACUCAAGACACAGAUCUACAAUUUCUCAAAACACUCUUAGUUAAGAGAUAGUCGCAUAAAACAGUCUCUAUUAUGUUGUUCAUAGUUGUGUUCAGAAUUAGUCUUUUUUUGUGUUUAAGAUUCUGCCCUUCUUGAGCCCUCCCCCUUAAUAAACUCAACAUCAUUUGUCUAAAGGAUACUGUGUGUGUGGCUCACCUGCUACCCUAAGUGCUGAAAGUAUUUGCCAUAUGUUACAUAUAUAUUUUUUAUUUGACAGGUAGAGUUAUAGACAGUGAGAGAGAGAGAGACAGAGAGAAAGGUCUUCCUUCCAUUGGUUCACCCCCCAAAUGGCUGCUGUGGCCAGUGCUGUGCAGAUCCGAAGCCAGGAGCCAGGUACUUCUUCCUGGUCUCCCAUGCGGGUGCAGGGGCCCAAGCAUUUGGGCCAUCCUCCACUGCCUUCUCAGGCCACAGCAGAGAGCUAGACUGGAAGAGGAGCAACCGGGACUAGAACCCGGAGCCCAUAUGGGAUGCCAGCGCUGCAGGUGGAGGAUUAACCAAGUGAGUCACGGUGCCGGCCCCCAUAUGUUACAUAUAUUAAAGCAAAGCACAAAGUUCUAUACCUAACCUCAAACAGUGAAAGCAAAUCUGCUAAAAAUCAAGUUUAUAGUCCAAAGUCAUGGUUGUGAGUUGUACUCUUAAAUUUCUUAAUUUCAACUAAGGAAAAGAUAUAUGAGAGAAUAUUAUCUGUAUACUCUAUCUUUGAUAAACAGAAAGAAUCAGAAGGCAGAUAAUAUGGUCGAAAAGCAAGCAGAACCAAUACAUAAUUUGUGAGCUAAAAGAAUUUAAAAACCAACCAACAGGUUUAUGUACUCUCAAUCUUUACGUUAGAAGAGUGAAUCAAUAGAAUUACUUUAUGUUGGUCCUAUUGUUACAGGAAGAGCUUAUAGUUUUUGAUGUGUUACUGUUUAGGGUCAUCAAAUUCAGCAGCUCAUAAGGUCACCCUGAUAUGUAUGAUAUGAAAAUCAAAUAAUGUGAUUUGUAUGCCCUCUCCCCAACCCAAAAUAGAAAUAUUAAAAAAUGCUUUUAUGUUUCAUUAUCUGUGUUGUAUCAGGCUUGGUGUAAGUUCUCUGCACUCACAGGUAAGUCAGACUUAGCAUUUCCAUGUCAUAUGUAAAUAUUUCACCCAGAGGAAAUCCCAUUUCCAUAGAAAUUCAGUUCAGUGUUUCUGAGUGUGUCUGAUGGCUGAAUCAUGGCCUUACGAAAUAAUUUGUUAUGCAAGGUACACUUCGGCUUCAUUAUGAAGUCUCCUAAUCAUAAUUGCAUACUCUAUCUGAUGUAAACUAGAGGAAAAAUUAAUGAAUCAUGAGUAAAUAGUCAUGCUUCCAUCCUGAAUUUUACUUUUUCAAUCUUGCAUUUCAAAAUAAGUUUAACUAUUGGAAGAAUUGAAGAGGAACUUGCUACAUAGAACCUAGUUAAUAAUUGUACAUUUCACUUGUACAGUGUCAAAACUUUCAGAAUAAUGCUCUCAGAGAAUCCAGGAUCUCCUUAUAGCUUAUUUGUUUUCACCAUCACUAUUAUCACUCUCAUAUUUUUCAUAAAGGAAUUCACUCUCCAUUUUAUUGUGACCAUAUUCAUAGAAAAUUGGUGUGCGCACCUUAUGCUUGGUGAUGCGAUCACAACUGUAAUGAGAAAUCCAUACUCUCAGCCCUCAUGGAGUGAACAUCCCACAGUACUGUCCUACUGGUAAAAUUGAGUUUUUUGUUACUUGUUACCAACAUCAUGAUGGGCCCCACUUGACAGUGUAUACAGGGAGGACCAGAGUUGUUCAGUUGUUCAAGUUGUCAGAAAGAGCUUCUUUGAGAAAGUGAAAUCUGAGUUUGGCUAUGGAUUGCAACAAGGAAUUAUCCUGGGGGAUGCUGGAAGACUUAAUCAGAGGAAUAGAUAGGCUCUGGUAAGAAUUUUUCUGAAACCUCAGAAGAAAUAGGACUCUUACUCUGAAAUCAUUUUUAAAAAAUGAGGCAUCAUUUUUAUUGUCAAGAGAAUAAACUGCAAUCAAAGUCUCCUUACCACUCAAUACCGGGUUCAUAAAAUCACCUCACAUACAACGUCUUACAUGUUGUCACUGCAGUCAUUUAUUUCCUUGCAAUACUUAAUAGAAAUCAAUUUCAGUAGGUGGUCACUGCCAAUGAAUAUAUUGAUGGUAUAUAUGAUAUUAAAGGCUUAAAGUCAUAAGGAGUAAUGUGCAAGUCCAGUGUUGGGGUCUAAGGAUUGUAAAAAUUGGUCUAUGGUCAAAACCUCAUCGCAAGGAAGGCUUCUUUCAAUAAUAACAUUUUAAAUCACUUUUCAUUGAGAACUGUUUGGUACAAAGGAGGCCAAUUAGUUUCAUCAAAGCAAAAGGAUUGAGGAAGGCACCAAUGCAUGAGAACUGUGCGCUGCUGAGUGAUGACAGGUGCUGUUGAAGCAAGGGAAAUGGAAAAAAUUAGAAUGUGCAGGUGAAGGAGGGAGCUUUGGAAUCACUGUUAUGCUACUUGUAAUCAGGGACUCACAGGCUUUGACUUCGCAGGAGCUUAGAAGAGAAGAAAGUUGGUGGGUUCAAGGAGAGGGUAGGAAAGAAGCAACAGUUCUGAAAAAGUGACAGCUGAGAGCCUAAAAAUGAAACUGGAAUGUCAGCAUGGUGUUGAUUCUACAUGAUAAGUGUUGUCUAAGGUUUUUAAGAUAAUGGUCAUCAGCGAAGUUCAGCUUCCUGAAUAUCGCUGAAUUCAAACCACCAAUGUGUCUGAGUUGUCCUCUCUAAGGACACACCAGGCUGAUGGUAAUAGUAUUAAUGCUCUUAUAGUUUUGUGAUUCUUUAAAGCUCAUAAAGUACUUUUAUCUACCUUAUUCUAUUUGGUAAGAGUUUCUGUCCCUCUUGGGCAUAGAUAAGAAGAGUGUCAGAACCUUGGAAAUAUUUUGCUUCUGCUACUGAUGUGUAAAAUUUAAAAAUAAAAAACAAGAAACCACCUGAAAGUUCUGUCCAGCCUCACUUGUAUAUUUUUUCUA